AUGCCUCACAGUCAUCACUCGCAUUCUGGACAAUUUUGCAAACACGCUUCGGGAAAGCUCGAAGAGGUGGUUCAAGAAGCUAUCAGGCAGAAAUUCCAAGUGUUUGGACUGACUGAACAUGUUCCCCGGUAUCGCAUCGAUGAUCUUUACCCUGAAGAGAGCGACAUGACCUUGGAUGACUUGAUGAACCAAUUCGAAGCCUUUUUAGCUGAAGCUCAUCGACUGAAGGAUCUCUAUGCAUCCCAGAUCACUUUGCUCGUCGGUCUGGAAACAGAACACAUCACUGAAGCUGAUCUUGCUGGCUUGGACCGGAUUCUCGAGAGAUUUGGAGAUCAGGUGGAAUACAUCGUUGGAUCCGUUCAUCAUGUAGACGGGGUGCCGAUAGAUUUCGACCUUCCGACUUACGAAAAGGCACUGGGAAACUUUGCCCCGUCAACCUCGUCCGAUGCGGCCGACGAUCAGCGGACGACAUACGCAAAGUUCUACAGCGCGUACUUUGACGCCCAGUACCAGCUUCUGGAACGAUUCAAGCCGGAGGUCGUUGGCCAUUUUGAUCUUUGUCGACUCUUUGCACCGUCAAUGCGAUUCGCGGAUUUCCCUGACGUAUGGGAGAAGAUUAUCAGGAACAUCAAGUUUUCUGUUUCGUACGGAGCCCUGUUCGAACUGAACGCUGCUGCGUUUAGAAAGAAAUGGGAUACCGCGUAUCCUGGGGAAGAUAUCAUCAGGGUUAUCCUUGGCCACGGCGGACGACUCGCGUUGUCGGAUGACAGUCAUGGACCUCACGCAGUAGGCCUGAACUACCACAGGGCAUAUGACUACCUGAAAUCGGUCGGCGUUUCGGAGCUUUGGUAUCUCACUCGUAGUGACGAACAGAACGCGGGAGGACGAAAAGUGAAGCCUGUGAAGCUAGAAGGAAAAUGGGAGGAACACUCUUUUUGGUCAGGGAUCAAGAACAAGGUCUGUCGAUUCUCACUGCCAACUCGCUAUUCAUAA